UCUCUCAAGUCCCAACCUUUCCUGUUAUGUUCUCUCAUCGCAUUUGAACUUCGCUUCCUUCUUCUCCUUCUUCGUAUCUUCCUUCUUUCCCAUCGAUUCUUCAUCUCUUUCUCUGACGUGCAUUUCGUCCGCUAUGGGAAAUCUCUGUGCCCUGCUUGCUAAAGAGCCUGCCAAGAAGAAGCCCACAAAGCGUCAAUCUCAUGCGCCGUCACAUUCGAAUUUCAGCAAACGAUGGAGCGCAACGCGUUCUUCGCGUAAGGAGAAGCUUGACCUUGAUGAUGCUAUGAUUCACGAGCAAGCUUUGGCCGCUGCUAUCCUCUUAAAGCAGCAUCAGCAGAAUGGUACUCUGCCCUCCUUUGAUCGCUCCACUUCUCUUCGGCAUCCGAAUGCUGGCUCCAAGAAGGUUACUUUGCCACGGAGUUCGAGUUCGAGGGCUCGGUCUCUUACUGAUCCUUUGCUACAGCCUCAUCAACUUGUUCAUCAGGGUAUCAAGCUUGAUGAUCUUGAGACCAAUCAUUUUGUCCUUGUCCAUGGAGGUGGCUUUGGUGCAUGGUGUUGGUACAAAACUAUAGCACUUCUAGGAGAAGGCGGUUUUAAAGUGACUGCCAUUGACUUAACUGGUUCUGGAGUUCAUUCAUAUGAUACAAACAAGAUUACGUGUCUAUCACAAUAUGUGAAACCACUUACAGAUAUUUUCAAAAAUCUUGCUGAAGGAGAGAAGGUGAUCUUGGUUGGGCAUGAUAUUGGUGGGGCAUGCAUAUCAUAUGCAAUGGAGCUGUUUCCUCUUAAGAUUUCCAAAGCAGUCUUUCUUGCUGCAGCAAUGCCGACUAGUGGACAAAGUACUUUUGAUGCCUUCUCUCAACAGGUAGGGUCAAAUGAUCUCAUGCGACAGGCUCAGGUUUUUUUGUAUGCAAAUGGGAGUGAUCACGCUCCUACUUCUAUAGACCUAGACAGGUCAUUAUUGAAAGAUUUGCUAUUCAAUCGAAGUCCAUCUAAAGAUGUUGCAUUAGCAUCUGUCUCAAUGAGGCCAAUACCAUUUGCCCCUGUUCUAGAAAAGCUUUCACUUUCUGACCCAAAAUAUGGAUCUGUGAGGCGUUUUUACAUCGAAACACCUGAUGACAAUGCCAUGUCGAUUACACUUCAGAAGAACAUGAUAAAUGCGAAUUCCCCUGAAAAGGUCCUCCGCUUGAAAGGUGCUGAUCAUGCUCCCUUUUUCUCAAAGCCUCAAGCCUUGCACAAUUUACUGGUAGAGAUAUCACAGAUCAGGUGAGAACAUUUUCUUCUUAUGUUUCCUCUGAAGGUCAUCACAUCAGCACCAAAGGCUCUUCUAAUGUGAUGAAUGAGACAUGCAGCAGGUAUCAUUUCUUGAUGAAGCCGCAUUAUCAGAAAAUGACUUUUGGGUUAUAACUCUUGUAUGUGUGCAAGUCGCAGGUUUUCCUCCUCCGUUUUCUUUAUUGAAUUUUAAGUUGCGAAAAAAGUGCUAGCAGAACCUGUUUUUAAUUGGUAAUAUUUGUAACAAUUCUUUUGUUACAAGUAUUAUUACUAGUUCAAAGUGUUAUGGUUUGUGUGUGGUGUGAGUUACAAGUUAUAUCCAGUUAAAUAAUCAAAAGCUUGUAACUCACCCGCUAAUAUGUCAACUCCUUAAUAACUAGACCUUUGUAAAAGUGUUGUUUUUAAUCAUGUAGAGGCACUUGUAUAGGAACUAGGAAGAGGGAAAAGUUACUGGGAAUGGGAACGUCAAAUGUGUUUACAUUCUUCUGAUGUUCUAAAUAAUACUGCCGAUUGCAGAAUGUGUAAUUUUUGUGGACCACCGAAGAGUCCAAUUUGAAGUUGAGCCCUUUUGUUCUUA